AGAGAGAGAGAGAGAGAGAGAGAGAUUCGCUUACCCAGGUGGUCAUGUGCAAAUAGUCUCCUGUACUUUGGAGUUUAGAGUCAGUUUGUCCAUUCCCUUUUGGUAUUUUCUGUUUGGUGGGACAUCAAUAGGAAUAACUACCUAGAGCAACAAGAUGACAAGGAUUUGUUUAUUUGUCAUAACUGCUGUAUUCAUGGUGGAAAACGAGUUCACUUCUGGAGCCUCAGUCUUUCUGUCCAGGCAGUCUGCAGACACCCUCCUGAGGAGGCAGAAGCGCUACAACACGGGGGCCUUCGAGGAGAUGAAGAAGGACAACCUGGAGAGGGAGUGCAUCGAGGAGCGCUGCAAUCUGGAGGAGGCGAGGGAAGUGUUUGAGAACGAGGAGAAAACAAUGCAAUUCUGGGCGAAUUACCUUGACGGGGACCAGUGUGAGUCCAACCCAUGCCAGAAUGGGGGGAAGUGUAAAGAUGCCAUGAGUGCUUAUGUAUGCUGGUGUCUACCUGAAUUCAAUGGGAAAAACUGUGAGAUAGAGAUGGCUAAGCAGUGUGACAUUAACAACGGUGGCUGCUCCCACUUCUGUGUGCUGAACGCCCAGCAUGCAGUGUGCGACUGUGCCACAGGAUAUAAACUGGCUCCGGACAAGACCACCUGUGAACCAGAAGGACCGUUCCCCUGUGGUCAUCUUGGCAAGGCUAUAAGCUCAACGCUGUCCUCUCGGUCGAUCAUCACAGCCGUAAAUGUUGAUCAGACUCGGCAGUCCUACGACAACGCCCUCAACAGCACUGAGGCACUGGAGGCCUCUGUGAACAACACCUUAGAUUCUCUUGCGGUCAAUGCCACCACCCCCACCCCCACAAACGCCCACCGGAUCAGCAGCACCAGUAGCAGCCACUCUUCCUCAGUGCUGGGGGACUUGCCCUCCUGGGCCUUCUUCCCAACACUGCCCACCAUCCAGGAAGAGACAUCCAGCGACCAGCGCAUCGUUGGGGGAAAUACAGUGAAACCUGGGGAGAUCCCCUGGCAGGUGUCCCUGAUGAGCAAGCUGACCGGGCAGAGCUUCUGUGGUGGCACCCUCCUCAGUGAGAUGUGGGUCAUCACCGCUGCCCACUGCUUGAACGAGGGCAAGAUUGGAUCCUUCUUCGUCAGAGUGGGGGAGCACAACAUGCAGGUCAAAGAGGGGACGGAGCAUGACCACGCUGUGGCUGAGCAUCACAUACACCCGAGAUACGACGCCAAGAUAAGUCAGUACAACCACGACAUAGCCCUGCUCAAGCUCCGCACGCCCGCCCUCCUCUCUGACUACAGCCUCCCCAUCUGCCUGGGGCCCAAGGACUUCACUGAGACGCUGCUGAGGGAGGCCUCUAGCUCAGUGGUCAGCGGCUGGGGCAGGAUGCGCUUCCAGGGCCCCGAGUCCUCCAUACUGCAGAAGGUGGAGGUGCCCUACGUGGACCGGACCGAGUGCAAGGGCAGCAGCGCAGAGCGAGUGUCCCGCUUCAUGUUUUGUGCCGGUUACCGCAGCGAGCAGAAGGAUUCAUGCCAGGGGGACAGUGGCGGUCCCCAUGCCACCCAGUACCGGGACACUUGGUUUCUCACAGGCAUCGUGAGUUGGGGGGAGGAGUGCGCCAAGGAAGGGAAGUAUGGCAUCUACACCCGUGUGUCACGCUACUUCCCGUGGAUCUCCAAUGUCACUGGGCUUAGAAGCAUUGGUUCCAAUUCUGAGCCUGAUGUCUGACAGGUUCAAACCCCCCCUGCCCCCUGCCCUUACGUUACUUAACGUUUUGGAUUAUUACAAUUGUGUAAUGUUUAACUGAGCUGAUUUACUCUUUUGUUGAUUUAUUAAAAGGGAUCCUGGAAA